UAAUUUUUUUAUUGAAGUCUUACAUUUCUUAUGUUCCUUGUUGUUUUUCUGUAGGUAUCCGAAGAACCACUGGUGUAUCCAAUGCAGCUGGUGGCAAGGAUACAAUUGCAGGCAUGCUAGCUUUGCUUAUGGAAGAAGUUAGAACACUGUGGCUUGUGAGUGUGUUUAUGUUCGGGCAAUGGUGAUCAAGGGAUUGAUUUGGAUGCAAAGUCCACAUGAAUCAUUUGAUGAACUAAAAUCCAUUAUUGCAUCUGAGCUUUCUGACCCAGCUUGGCCAGCAACGCUUUUGAAUGAUGUUUUGCUGACGUUGCAUGCCCGUUUUAAGCCUACACCAGAUAUGGCUGUCACUCUUCUUGAACUUGCAAGGAUCUUUGCUGCUGAAGUUCCAGGGAAGAUCGAUGCUGAUGUUUUACAACUUCUUUGGAAAACUUGUCUUGUUGGAGCUGGUCCUGAUGGGAAACACACAGCAUUGGAAGCAGUCACUAUUGUUCUAGACCUUCCGCCCCCACAGCCUGGACCAAUGUCUGGAUUUACAUCAGUAGACAGGGUAUCUGCAUCUGAUCCAAAGUCAGCUCUAGCGUUACAGAGAUUGGUCCAAGCAGCUAAUAUGCUUGGGAGUCUGCUACGCCUCCUGGUACUGCAUCGAUGAUGUUAGAUGCGGAUAAAAUGGUUGCUGCUGCCAGCUCCCGUAAGCCCACUCUAGUAGGUGUAUUGACUCGACUCCAGAGGUGUGCUUUCAGUGGUAGCUGGGAGGUAUGAGUUUCAAUUGAUGUGUUUCUUCUGUGAUUGAGUCUUUAUUUCCU